AUGGGAAAGACACGGCGACAUAUACCUUGGAAAUCAAGCCCCCAGAAAGAUCCUAUUGUGAAAUUGCCGCCCGCUGAAGCAAAGUAUUCAUCGGUGAAAGUGGCUUCGGAUGCAAAGGAGAUCAUUCAACUGUUGGGUGACGAUCGAACCCAUAUCAAACGCCGAAUUGCCCUGCUCACUACAUUGAACAACAUGAUUGCCAACGAGCGAGACUACUUGAAGCGUUUUCUUUUUCGACAGGAUUUAUACACUCUUGGAAUGCUUCGAGCCUUGAAUUACUGCCGUGUUUCCUGCCGAGAGACAUCAGCUAUUCAUCCUCUGAAGACCGAAAUCCAAAGAUUCGAAGCCGCUGAACAAAUUGAUAACCUUCCACCGUUUGAGGGACAAUCGCCGAUUAACAUCUUUGCACACGCAUACACCAUUGCCAAGGCUCGAGAUUCAGAAAAGAUAUUGAUGGAGUUCUUGGAAUCUUUUGACCAUGUAACGUUCGAAAAAGACUGGAAGAUUUCGAUUAUUCCCAGGGAAAAUCUAUCUGACACGCGUCUUACACUUAAAAAGAACGGAAGAAGAGGCCCAUUACGAGUUCCCUCAAAACUAAAAGAAAUGGAUUUGAGUGCUGGAACGGAAGAAAAAUGUGACGUGAUUCGAACUAGAAAGAAUGGGGUGAAUAACAAAGUUGCGCCAGAAUCGGUUUCACGAUCGCGCAUGGUAUCUCGCCAACUUUCUGCACAAAACGGACAACUGCCGACAACGGUCGUCACCUCAACGCUGUUUCCUGACAAGCAACAAAUCGCUGAGAAGGAUCAAGUCGCGCUAUUAAGCAUCUCUGCGCCUCCAGCUCCACCUCUGCCACCAGCUUUUGUUCUAGGCAAAGAAAAACAGGACAAAUUACAACUUACACCCGCACCUCUGGCAAAAUCGAUUCCUCCUCCACCACCGCCGCCUCCAAUAGCUUUUUGGAACAAAAUUCCACAAGUUGCGCUGAAACAAGAGCUGCACUCUGAGCUGAACUCAAAACUGCUCACCGUAAACGACGCUCCCACUAUCCCAGGACCACCGCCGCCACCCCCACCUCCACCUCCACCUCUGCCGCAAACGGGAUCGAAAAAUACGAUUUUUGGCGCAAAAGACAACGGCUUUCUUGCUGCAACGGUCACCAAGUCAUCGGAACUUUGGCCGAAAUCAAAAAAGACGACAACAUUUUGCUGGGAUCGAGCUGAACGAGUCGAGCAUAAUUCCAUUUUAAAUGAAACAACUAUUUGGAAUGAUAGUAACAGCUUGUGUCCUGACUUUGACAACGAAGAACGAGAAGAAUUAACCGCUUUGUUUGAUGUAAAAGAACCUAGAAGGAAGUCUUUCAUAUCCGCAAAAGCUGUGCCCAUUUCAUCUCUCAAGCAAAAAUUUUCUCUACAAGAAUCGGUCCCUGCAAAGGUUGAUCCAAAAGUGUCAUUGCUCUCAAAUCAGCGAUGCAUAGCAAUCUGUGUAGCAUUAAAACCUUUUUUUGGUAGCACGUCAAAGGGCGGUGAUAAAGUCAUGAAAAAUUUCUACGACGCUUGCCAAGGCAAGAAACAAGUUGACGGACUUUGUGAUAGCUUGCAGAAUCUCCUCAGGUCUUGGCCAACUAAUGAGGAGCUGGAAAACUAUGCUCAGAUCGAAAAAUGCAGUGUUGAAAAGGACCCAGUCAAUUUGUUCUGUUGGCAACUUUCUCGAGAUAAAACUAUCAGACUUCGAUGUCAAUUGAUUCUUGUCAAGGAAAGACUGGUCAUUGAGUUGCGGGAGCACAAAAACGCAAUCGACAGACUUUACGAUGAGACGAAGAAGUUCAUUGAAGAUGAAAUCAUUGCCGAAAUGCUUUGGAAGUGCAAAAUGUAUGGAAACUUUAUCAAUCAGGGAUCGUCGCAGGCUGAGGUGGCAGGUUUUUCAUUGUCGUCUCUUGUCAAAACGUUGCGUGCUCCAAACCAGACGUGGGGUAUCGUGAACACCAUCGGAAAACAUUCGAAACGCCAAUACCAAGAGAUUGAAGCAGUAGUGAAACGGCUAAAAAGUGUCAAGGAUGUGAAUCUGGCUGAUAUGAAAAAACUCGUUAAAGAAUGCGCUACAGAAUUACAGGCCCGGAAAGUUGAGCUGAGGAAUAAUGGAUCCGACGACGCUUUGCAAAAAGAAUUCGAGCCAGUGCUCAAAGAAGCUGAUGGCUUUUUAAAUGACGUUGAAAAUCGCCUCAAGUCGUGUCAGAGCCAAGAAAGCGAAAUUAAAAGGUAUUUUUGGGCGAUGAAUAUGAGUACGACAGAUAUCUUCACAACUUUAAUGGAGGGAUUGUCAAUGUGGGCUACAGCUGCAAAAAAAUGUCAGCAACAAUCAAAACAACCCUAUAGAAAAGCG